AUGGAUCUCGGCGUCGGCUCCUUCUCGCAGAGCGUCUUCUCAGCCGCGCCGCUCCUCAAGGAUCCCGAGCACCUGUCGCGGCGCACGCUGCCAAAGGUCUUCGCUGUUGCGCGCAAGAUCCCGCCUGGGCUCGGGCAGGGCCUCGUGCGGGGCAUAUUGGUGAAGGGCGCUGACUACCCAGAGCAUGUGACGGAGUAUGGCGUGCAUUGGAACUUCUUUAUUACCCUUGCGCUACCCCCGGUGCUGCAGGUGCUGCAGGUCCCGUUAAUUGUGUCCAUGCUGUUGCUGGCAGUCCUUUGUGCGCUUGAGCUACGUCCUCUUCGCCCCGCGGACAAUCCUCGUGUCGGCGAGCAAGGAAGGCAUCGUCUCGCUCUUCUGUAUGUCUUGACCGUCUCCUUGCUUUCGCUGCACGAUCCCUCUCCGAAGUACUUCCACCGGCAGCAGCAGGCACUUGCGCACCGGCGGAAGGACAAUAAUAUAGUGACCACCGCUAGCUCGACAGUGACAGGGCCCGGGAAGGUAAGAAUGGUAAAUGGGAGGCGGGAGGACGACCGGACGGCGACGGAGCUGAUCUCGUACCCAAUGGUGUGGUGCACUCGUGGGAGUGUGCGCGGUGGGGUCUUGCGGAGGCUGAUAUGUCUCUCUUUCCACUCCCUUUCCACUCCCCUCCCCGAUAUAUAG